AUGAGGAAGGGCAAAAGGAAGAAGCCGGAGUCCAGACGCCGUGGCUCCACCUCACAGCGAGCCAGCUCCGAAUCCACGCCACAGAACGCCAGCUCCGAAUCCACCCCGCAGCAUGCCAGCUCUGAGUCCACCCCACAGCAGCCCAGCCCCGGAUCCACCCCGCAGCAGCCCAGCCCCGGAUCCACCCCGCAGCCCAGCCCCGGAUCCACCCCGAAGCCCAGCUCUGAAUCCACUCCCUGCCAGUCUGUGCCCCAGGCUCUCCCAGCUCCCGAAACCAACUCCUCCACCCGGGGCCUGUUGCCUCAGGACACUAACACAAAAGCAUCCUCUCGAUCCAGGAAAACAGGGGCUGUGGCUCGUGCGGGCCCGCGGGCCUACUGUUCCUGUUCCACUUGCCCCGGCAGCUCUGCUUGCUGGCGUCGCCUGGGCCUGUGUCAUAGCCGCAUCUUUGAUGUCCUCCUUCCUCGGGUCUGGCCCACCAUGCCAGGGAGAGGAUCCCCAAGCCUCCUCACUUUCUACAGAAAACCUACAAGGAAACACUCCACUCACCGUAAUUCGCGUGUUCCAAGCUCUCGGGACUGCUGCUGUGGCUCUGGGGGCCCUAGGAGCUGCCUAUUACACCAUUGAAUCCUUGUGAGCAAAC